UUUUGUUUGAUUUUUGUCUAUUUUCCUUUUCAGUUCCAAGUAAAUCCAAGUUCUAAUACUUCCAAUCAAAGGCUAGUAGUUAAAACUAUCUAAAACAGGAAAGGAGUAAAAGCCGGAAUAUUGGGAAAUUUCACUUGAAAAAUGUUCAACCAAGCAACCAUGGGUGGUUUUGGGGCCAAUACGGCGGUCACCAACACAAAUCCCAUGAAGGAUUACGAAGUGGUUCAACCGCCAGACGAUUCCAUUAGCUCUUUGGCUUUUUCUCCGGCAGCCAUACCUCAGAACUUCCUCAUUGCCGGUAGCUGGGACAACAACGUGAGAUGCUGGGAAAUUGAGCAGAACGGAACUAGCAUUCCUAAAUCGAUGCAGUCUUGUGGAGCGCCAGUAUUGGAUGUGGCUUGGAGUGACGAUGGCACCAAAGUUUUUGUGGCUGGUUGCGAUAAACAAGCCAAAAUGUGGGACUUGGCAAGUAACCAAUUGGUGCAAGUGGCAGUACACGAUGCUCCAAUAAAAACUUGCCACUGGAUCAAGGCUCCUAAUUAUUCGUGCCUAAUGACCGGCUCCUGGGACAAAACAUUAAAAUUUUGGGACACUAGGAGCCCCGCUCCGAUGCUUAGCAUCAAUUUGCCAGAACGCUGCUACUGUGCUGACGUUGAUUUUCCUAUGGCGGUUGUUGGCACUGCUGGAAGGCAAAUUAUUGUUUAUCAACUCGAAGGGAAGCCACAAGAAUUCAAAAAAUUGGACAGUCCUCUGAAGUAUCAGCAUAGAUGCGUCGCAAUUUUCAAAGACAAGAAAAAAUCUCCUACAGGCUACGCUUUAGGUUCAGUCGAAGGCCGAGUUGCUAUUCAAUAUGUGAACCCUGCAAACCCCAAAGAUAAUUUCACGUUCAAAUGUCACCGCUCAAAUGGCACUCCGAAUGGUUUCCAAGACAUUUACGCAGUCAAUGAUAUUGCUUUCCAUCCAGUACACGGUACUUUAUCGACAGUAGGAGCUGACGGGUCGUUCAGUUUCUGGGACAAAGACGCCAGGACAAAACUGAAAGCUUCCGAAUUAAUGGAACAAUCUAUUUCCAGGUGUGCUUUCAAUCACAACGGGCAAAUAUUCGCCUACGCUGUUAGCUAUGAUUGGAGCAAGGGGCAUGAAUUUUACAAUUCUCAAAAGAAAAAUUACAUUUUUCUCAGGAGUUGCUAUGAUGAACUUAAACCUAGGACUUCAUCCUAAUUUAUUUUGAUAUGUAUUGUUAAUCCAAAUAAUUAUUUUUCUUUUGAAUUAUGUAUAGGAAAAUAUUUUCUUUUCCUCGUUUUUUUUUAUAACUAGUUUUUGUAAGUACGCUUAUGUUCACCUAUGUAAUAAAAUAUAAUUAUGUAAUAUGUA